UUAGGGACUCUAGAUUUGAGAGGAGCUUCUUCCGAGUUCAUAGAUUUGCAGGAAGGUCGUUAACAGUGGUGUUUUGAGAAUUCGUGCGGAGUUCACGUUCAUUCGCCGGUGUCCAUUGGAGGGAAAGUGUUCUGGCUUUCGAUCGAGUUUUCGUUCCUAGGAUCUGAUUCAAAACAAUGAGCAAGUACUGAUUGGGGAGAUACCUUGAAGAUUUCCUAUCCUGCAUUACUUGUCUUUAUAACAGACCUCUACUCCCUCCUUCUUAUUUGCAUUUGUUAAGGUGAUGAGGAGUUCAAGAGAAUAAUUAUAUGGAGGGUGAGGCUCAACGGUUAGUGUCUUUCCGGUUAAACCGGCGUGGAGACCGGAGUAAUCAAACACCACGUUCUAAAGAUGUCGAAGGUGGUUUAUUUUUGCCUGAGAGACUGCCGCAGGAUUAUCCAAUGAAAAUCAAUUGGAAGAGGGGGUUUGUUCAGUUGGUUCUUGUUGCUGGCAUCGUGUGGAUGUUACUCAUCCUUUCCGUAUUGUUAUUUCAUGUUUGGUCAUGCCAAUCCUCGUUGGCAUUCUUUUCAGCCAUCUGUAAGAAACACAGCAAGUUAUAUAUUGCGUUAGACACAAUGGGACUUGUACCAAAACCACAACACCGCUGUGAGAUUCCUCUUGCAAAUGAUCCCAGCAGUGUAGUUAUUCCAGAAGGAAGAACUCCUGAUGUGAUUCUUAAGAAUCUCUCCUACGUCAUGGAGGAUGAGCUAGUGAAUAAUGGAUCUCUGUCCUCACCACUAUUUGGAGGUCAUCAAAACUGGUCCCAGAGAGAUGAGAGUUUUAAAGCACAAACUAACAUGAAGGUGCACUGUGGAUUUAUUAGAAAUGGCGGUGCUGAAAUGGUUCCUUCAGACAUCAAUUAUGUUAAGAAGUGUAGAUUUGUCGUUGCAUCUGCAAUUUUUGAUGGAUAUGAUGUACCACAUCAGCCUUCAAAUAUAAGUGACCGAUCUAAGAAGCUUUUCUGUUUUCUUAUGGUGGUUGAUGAGGUAACUCUCGAUUUUAUAAAAAGUAAUGUUACUGUUGAAGAGGAUCUCGAUGGUGGACCAUGGGUAGGCAUCUGGCGGCUUGUGCUACUCAAGCAUCCACCUUAUGAUGAACCUCGAAGAAAUGGGAAGGUUCCCAAGAUUUUAACCCACAGGUUGUUCCCUGAAGCGCAAUACAGCAUUUGGAUUGAUGGUAAAAUGGAGUUGAUAGUUGAUCCUUUGCUAAUCCUAGAAAGAUACUUAUGGCGUGAGAAGUAUACUUUUGCCAUUGCUCAGCAUAAACAUCAUCGCAGUAUAUAUGAGGAGGCUGAUGCAAACAAAAGGAGAAAGCGCUAUGCACGACCACUGAUUGAUCUUCACAUGAAAAUAUAUCGGUACGAAGGGAUGGAGCCAUGGAGUUUGAAGAAAAGCACUCCAAGUGAUGUCCCGGAGGGAGCUGUCAUCAUUCGGGAACAUACAGCAAUAAACAAUUUGUUUAGCUGCUUGUGGUUCAAUGAGGUGAACCUCUUCACACCAAGAGAUCAGCUGAGUUUCGGCUACGUAGUGUACAGGUUGGGGGAGUUGUUCAAGUUCUUCAUGUUUGAGAAUUGUGAGUACAAUUCACUUUUUAUAUUGCACCCACAUACCCGUGAGCAUUCCUCCAAAAUAGAGUGGGUAAAGAACCUGACUGAGUUGGAGGGAAAGGGUGGCAAAUUGAGGGAGAGUAGAGGUGGAUUAGGCUUGUGGACUCCUUAUCCCGCGGACCUUAAUUCUGUUGUGCUGCCGCCAGUAGCGAGAACAUCAAAAGCAGGCUGAGGAUGAAUGUUAUUGAUGUCUUUUUUGUUGUAACAUUCUUUCUCAACACUUGUAUGCCCUCUAAAAUUUAUGUGAAUGAACAGAUAGUCUCUCUCAAGAGUUUCUCAUUCAGUAGGAAACAAUAAAGAAAAGGCUGGGCAAUCAAACCCUUUUCAUCU